AUAGAAAGGAGUCAGCUGAUUCCCUUUUUGCAGCAGAGAGGAGAGAGUCCCCAGAGCCAGGAAACCAUGAGGUUCCGGUUUUGCGGCGACUUGGACUGUCCGGAUUGGGUCUUGGCAGAAAUCAGUACCUUGGCCAAAAUUUCCUCAGUGAAACUGAAGCUGAUCUGUGUCCAAGUGCUGAAGGAUCUCCUUGGGGAUGGGAUCGAUUACGAGAAGGUCCUCAAGCUGACGUCGGAUGCCAAAUUGGAGUCCGGGGACGUGAAGGCGACGGUUGCGGUGCUGGGCUUCCUCCUCUCCAGCGCGGCCAAGCACAACGUGGACUCCGAAUCGCUCUCCAGCGAACUGCAACAAUUGGGUUUGCCCAAAGAGCAUGCCACUGGAUUGUGCCGGUCCUAUGAAGAGAAACAGGCUUCCCUUCAAGACAGUCUUCGGAGAGGCAGCCUGAGAGUGAACAGCCUGGAUUCAGUGUCUUGGAGGGUGGACUACACUUUCAGCUCCAGCCAACUCCAGCAAGUCAACGAGCCCGUCGUCCACCUCAAAUUAAAUGUGAGAAACGUUGACAGAGGCGUCCUGGAACCCGUUGCGAUGACGCUGUCGGCAGAGAAGUUCCGGGUCUUGCUUGCAGAGUUAAAGCAAGCCCAGGCCAUCCUGAAGACCUUGGACUGAGAAGCCACCAGCAUGGAAGAAGAUGGUGCUUGGAAUAUAUAUGGCUUAUUUGCAUUUGCAGAUACAGCAUUUGCGAUUGGGAAGGCAAGGCCAUUGUCAAA